CACCGUGUCCACAAAACAGAGGGGCUGUUGUAAUUUUGGGGAGCCGCUCCGGUUACUGAAAACGCAUAAUGGAUUGCAUCGUUUCGUAUUCGAAACAGAAGCCUGUUCCACCAAUUCUGUAAAGUAAAGUAAAGUGUACAGUGUGCGGCACACUACUGCAAUUUUUUAAAAGUAUUAAAAAGUCAGUCAUUCGUACGCGAAAUUUUAAAGGUGACUUCACCAUGAAAACUGCACGCAUAAAUUGGGAUGAACUGUUUCCCAGCAGGAAGAGUAUCGUGAUAUUCCUUACGUACAUGUCCCUCUUCGUUAGCCAGGGCAUUCUGGUGACUGCUUCCCAGCGGUCCGAUAACUCAUACAGCUACAAUACGGUACUGGUGGUGCUAUUAACCGAAGCUCUGAAGUUGGUGAUAUCGGCGGGCCUCUACUGUCGCGAGCAUAGCUUCACAUCUCUUAUCUCGCGGGUGGUGGAAGGAAGUAGCGUACUGUUGUUGUACUUCGUUCCGGCCUUCCUGUACUGCCUUUACAAUAACUUGGGAUUUAUCAAUCUGUCCACGUUUGACCCUACCACGUACUACUUGCUGCUUCAGCUACGCGUCGUAAUUACGGGCGUACUGUUCCAGAUUAUAUUUAAAAAAUCUCUUAGCCGAAAGCAAUGGUUCUCUCUUCUGCUUCUCACCGUGGGAUGUAUGCUGAAACAAUGGAAUUUCUCCCUUUUUUCAUCCAACACAACCGGAGGAACAUCGGAUCAGACCGACACAACGCAGGUAUCCGCAGCGGAUGGCACGUUCCGUGGUAAAAACAUAUCCGGCUUUGAUCUAAGCUACAGUGCUUUGCUCAUCUUGGUUCAAACGGUGUGCUCCUGCCUAGCUGGUGUAUAUAAUGAGUAUCUGCUGAAAAAGAAAGGUUCCGAUAUCAAUAUCUACGUGCAGAAUGUUUUCAUGUACUUGGACUCGAUCGUUUGCAACCUGUUGAUACUAGUGCUCCAAGGCGAUCCGAUCGGUGCGUUUACGAGUGCCAAUUUACGCGAAAUAGCCAGAUUUGAGGUCAUCAUCAUAAUGGUCAAUAACGCGGCCAUCGGCAUUAUAACCAGCUUCUUCCUGAAGUACAUGAACUCGAUACUGAAAACGUUCGCUAGUGCGCUCGAGCUGAUAUUUACCGCCAUCCUCUGCUAUCUACUAUUUGCGAUUCCAAUCUAUCUCAACACGAUACUUGCGAUCUUCGUGGUGUCAUAUUCGAUCUAUUUGUACUCGCUGAACCCCGUUGUCAACCUAGCCAAUACACCCAGUGCCACCAAAGGAUCCCUGAACGUUCCUCAUCGACAGACGGACGAUCGAAAAUCGCUGCUAACUGGCGGUAGUCGGUCUCGAGCAAAUGCUAGCGACUCAGAAAACGACGACGUCCUGCAGAUGGAGGAGGUGUGAUAGUCCGAUCGGAGCCUGUAUCUCCCCCAACAUAAUGACACGCGUAUGACAAACACACCAAUAUUCCUAUGAUGGAAUCAUAGGGAUGCACCUAGAAUAUAUUCUUUAUAUAUUUAUUGCCUUGGUUUGUCACAGACAAACAAUAAAGAACAAAACUUUUAGAGUAAGGUAUUGUUUGCUAAUGUUAACGAAAAUCACACAGACAGAGAAUGAAGAACCAACAGAUAAAAGUAUUACCGAUGCGUUACAUAUAAUUCAUCAAUCAUUUAAAUUGUUUUACUGACGGCUUUAGGAAAACCCUCCAAUAGUGGAGCAUACAAUUUCGGUUUGUAGUUCAAAAAGGCUCGAUAAAAUUAUAGGAAUCGUAAUUAUCGUUUCUCACCUGUUUUUCUUUUUUUGAUUUUGAUACUUUACUGACCAGUGCACCAAGUGUUCAUUUUCGAAUAAAAAGAAAACAUUGAUGAAUAUUUA